GUACAGAGUACUGACUACAGCAGGCUGCAAAGGGGUCAGGCAAGCCUCGGAGAGGGUGAGGUCGGCACCUCCGAGCCCAGCAAUGCCAGGCAAACAGACUGAGGAUGGGCCUGUGGAAGUAGAGGCCGGGGAGGAUGGCGCUGAGGAGGACCUGGGCGGUCUCACCCUGGAGGAGCUGCAGCAGGGCCAGGAGGCCGCCCUGGCACUGGAGGACAUGAUAGCCCUGAGCGCCCAGACCCUAGUCAAUGCAGAGGUAGAGCAACUCUACCAGGAAGUGCGCCCCCUGGGCCAGGGCCGCUUCGGCCGAGUGCUACUGGUCACCCACCGUCAGAAAGGCACAGCCCUGGCACUGAAGCAGCUCUCAAAGACGUCCACGUCCCUCCGCAGCUUCCUCUACGAGUUCUGUGUGGGCCUCUCACUGGGCACACAUGCAGCCAUUGUGGCGGCCUAUGGCAUUGGCAUUGAGUCAGCCAACUCCUACAGCUUCCUGACAGAGCCCAUCCUGCACGGGGACCUCAUCACCUUCAUCCAGCCUAAGGUGGGCCUCCCAGAGCCCGAGGCAGCCCAGCGCUGUGCGGCCCAGCUGGCCUCUGCCCUGGAGCACAUCCAUGCCCACGGCCUGGUGUACCGGGACCUCAAGCCAGAGAAUGUUCUGGUGUGCGACCCGGCCUGCCGCCGCAUCAAGCUCACUGACUUUGGCCACACUCGGCCCCGGGGGACACUGCUCCGCCUCACCGGGGCCCCCAUCCCCUACUCGGCUCCUGAGCUCUGUGCCCCUGCCCCGCUCCCAGAGGGGCUGCCCAUCCAGCCGGCCCUGGAUGCCUGGGCGCUGGGUGUCCUGGUCUUCUGCCUCCUCACGGGCUACUUCCCCUGGGACCAGCCCCUGGCCGAGGCCGACGCCUUCUACGAGGACUUCCUCAUCUGGCAGGCCUCGGGCCAGCCGCAGGACCGGCCACAGCCCUGGUUUGGCCUGGCACCUGCAGCAGACGCUCUCUUGUGGGGGUUGCUGGACCCUCACCCCAGGAAGAGGAGCCCUGUAGGGUCCAUCAAGGCCUACCUGGGGCAGCCCUGGCGGCAGCAGGAGGGGAAGGUUGAGGGGCUGGGGGAGGCCCAGAAGUGAGGAGGCCAGCUUUCUCCAUUUCCCCCAUCCUCCUCCACUACCCUGUGCACCUCCAAUGCCCACCUUGGUCUUGGCAGGCCUCAGGCCUCCAUGUGUCCCGUAGUGGGAGGCCUGGCUUCCAGUGGGUGGCUGGGAACACCUAGGAAGUGCCCGCAUCUGGUGAAACACUGGCCCCUCAGCUCCCCUGUGGUCCCCUCAAAUGUCCUGUGCCUGCCUUCCUGCUCUCCUCUUCUGGCCCUUCCCUCUUGUGGGGUUUCAUGGCUGCCCACCUCUCUUGGCCAUGUGGCCCUACUGCUCCUGUCUCUGCUUUGCCCACUUUGCUCCCUGCAAAUAAAAUCCAUCUGGC